AUGAGUUCUGCACCUCCACUCGGACACGAUAGUGAAGGAAAUAAAGUACCUAAACCCGCAGAUACAUAUAAUGAAGCAGAUUACAAAAUGCUAGGAAAGAAUGCAAAAGCUAAGUGUAUUCUUGUAUGUGGACUAGGACCUGAUGAAUUUAACCGUAUCUCAAGUUGUACCUCUGCUAAACAAAUAUGGGAUACCCUACAAAACGCUCAUGAAGGUACAACUCAAGUCCGAAAAUUCAGGAUUGCUAGUUUGUGUUCAGAAUAUGAAGCCUUUAAGAUGAAAUCCAGAGAAUCUCUUCAAGAUAUGAUCACCAGAUUCACCACUGUGGUAAACGAACUAAUCUCAUUGGGUAAAGUAUAUACCACUGAGGAAUAG